GUUUCUUCUCCCUUCACGCGACAGCACUACGACCCCGACAUCUCAACAUUCGUGCAUUACUUGCCAAACAAAGAUACGAGAAUACAACAUAUUUCCGAAUAGACGUUGCUCUCUGCUAACAACUGUUGUGGCCUCUGUAGGGCGCGCAUCCCCAAGCCCAGCGUCUGCUUGCCCCUGCCUAUUACGGCGUUCAUGCGCUUGUUGACUAUCGCCCCUGUCGGAGUUGCGCGAAUAAUUGUUUCUUUCUUCCGCGCGUUUGCAGCGAGUACGAAGGCCCUCUCUGGUCCCGCUCGCGCUCGACCGUAUAUCGCAGAGGCGUUUCUUUGGCACGGACGCUUUCCGCUCGUGGUAGGUUCAAUUCAAGAUCUCAUGCCGCCGAGCACCACCAUGCGCAGACUAAGUUCGCACAUUCCCUUUUCUAUGAUCCCCUUCCUCUUAUCUCCUCUAGGGUCUGGCUGCGAACACCUCUCGUCCAGGUGUUGUAUAUUAGUCCGCAUGCCCAGACGCCUUGGAAGUUCUUGGACUCCGCUAGCGGGCCGUGGCAAUGAUGUUCGCUCCUUUCCCGAGGCCGCCUCUUGACAGUCCCGAGAGUACCAAGCCGGAUAUCUGUGGCGCACCAUGUGUAUACGGAUUUCGCUGCUUGGCGACAGUACUCCACUCAAGGAGUGUAUAGACACCUUCCCUAUCAAGUUAGCGGAAUGGUAGUCCUGACCUUCCGCAUGGAGUAUGGAUGCCAACGGAUGCCCAG